AUGGAGAGGCUCACUGUGAACUCAACAAUAUCAAAGCUGAGUGGUCAUAACAGCGAACCGAUACGAGGAGCUAGUGCUAGUGGUGGUGGAUUUCUUGAUCCGAAAUAUUGUGUUCCGGAACAAUGUCAGGAGAAUUCUUUUGAGAAGGUUCUGAAAUGGCUUCAUCAGAACGAGGAAUACAUGAAGCCGUCUUACGAAGACCCCUGUGCUGAACCCUUAGGGCUAUAA